AUGGAAGACGAGAAAGUCGAAAUUGAGAGAGUGGAGCAUCUCACCACUGAACAAAAUGCCCUCCCCGAGAAAGGGCAGCCGUUGAUGCGGUCGGAGCUAGAUAAUUUAAGUAUCUGGGAGAGUGUCGGCCGAUACAGAUUUGUUACUAUGAUAGCCAUGGCAGCUGCCUUCAGUGCUUCGCUUGAUGGCUACCAGAUUAACCUCAACGGCGGCAUUGUCUCCAAUAACGGGUUUAUCAAGCAAAUGGCUAAGCCCGGGACGUCUAUCAUCGAGGGCAAGUACGUCUCUGCAUGGGGUGGCAUCCAGUCUGCCGGCCAAACAGUCGGUCAAAUUCUUCUACAGUAUGUGACUGACGGAUACGGACGUAAGGCCGCCUUGUAUAUCAUCUUCUUCACCUUCGUCGUCAGCGUGAUGAUUGAGUCUUUUGCUGCUCACUGGGAUCACUGGCUUGUUGCAAAGCUAUUCUCCGGCAUGGGUGUUGGUAUGCUGCAGUCGACUAUGCCUCUGUAUAUCUCCGAAGUUGCACCUACCCAGUUGCGAGGGUUUCUCAUCAACGCAUAUAGCUUUUGGUUUGUCAUUGGCCAGCUUUUUGCUUCUGUCGCCCUCGAUCGAUUGCAUGCUUCUGAUCCGUUGGACUUCCGAACUCCCAUUUACUCCCAGUGGGCAAUGGUGGGUGUGGCAGGGAUUAUCUUUGUACUUCUGCCCGAGUCACCCUGGUGGCUGGUUGGGAAAGACCGUCCCGACAAGGCAGGCCAAGUGCUGCGUCUCUGCUGUGGCCAAGUCAAAGGAUACAACGUCGAUCAGCAGAUUGGGAUUAUGACCGCCACCAUCAGGGAGGAACGCCAUCUUGCUGAGCGCAACAGCCAGCAGGGGGCGUUUGCCGUGUUCCAAGGCCGCAAUCUCCUUCGAUUCCUGAUCGCAGGCUGGCCUAAGAUUGCUCAGCAAUUCGUUGGACUCUCGGUGUUCAACACCUACGCCACCUACUUCUUCCAAUAUGCCGGAAGCAAUGACCCAUUCCUCGUGACUCUCAUCCUAUCUUGUGUGCAAAUCAUCGCCAUGACUGUCACUUGCCUCCUCACCGAUCGACUCGGCCGUCGCCCUUUGACUGUCUACCCCUAUGGGGUUACCGUGCUCUCGGUCCUGUCCCUUGGGAUAGUUGGCUGCUUCGACUAUAAGAGGUCUAGCCUCAGCUCCCUGCUCAUCUUCUUCGCCUGUCUGGCCACUUUCUCCACCACCGGUGCCUCGGCCAUCGGAUACGCCUACGCAGCGGAAAUCCCAUCCCAGCGGCUCCGCGCGCAGACCGCCGCUUGGUCUUUGGCCUUAUCCAACAUGGUGGCGAUCAUGUUCAGCUUCUGCACUCCGCUGAUGAUCAACGGGGAUUCCACUCAUUGGGGCGUCAAGACGGGCUUCUUCUUUGCUGGCACUGGUGCCGUAUCUGUGGUCAUCGCUUGGUUCAUACUUCCCGAAGUGACGCGCCGGACGCCGGCUGAGAUCGAUGAGUUGUUCGAGAAGAGGGUCAAUCUUCGGAAGUUCGAUAAGUAUGUGACUGAUGUGCAGAUUAACGCGACUGCGCAGUCGAAGGAGGAUGCAGCGUAG